AUGACGCGUGCGGUGGAUGCUGGCGCCUUGGUUCUCGCUGGCGCACUCUCGGCCGCUCUCGGCUCGCUCAUCGGCUCGCCGUUCAUCCUUGCCCGCGGCCCGGCCUCGCUCGCCGCCGCCGCCCGAGCCGCCCCGGUCCGUCUCGGCCUCUCGUGGGCGGCACGCGUCCUGCUUCCGGCCGUUCUCGUCUUUCCUCCGCUUGCAUCGGGCCUCAUCUUUGGCAUCGACGCUCUUGUGCCGACGCUACGGUACGAGAGCAACGACGGCUUCUCGCCGCGCUUCCGCCAACUGGCGUACGUGGUGCCCGGCAUGGUCGUUGCCCGGACGGGCGCGGCCACCAAUCCGAUGGUUGGUGUAGAGACGUUCUUUGAUCCGCGCCAGCCCGACGGCGGACAAGCUUCACUCGUGGCUCCACCAUCCGACGCGCCCGAUGCCUACGGCAAGGCCUCGCUUGUCUCUUCCGGCCUCGUCCUCGCCGUCGGCGCUCCCGCCAUGAUCCCAAUGGCUCUGCUCGCAGCGCGAAGCCUGGUCCGAUCGCUGGUCUAG